UGCAGUGUUGCCAUAGAGACGGAGACGCGUCCUCAAGAAGAAGCCGAUGAGGGGAGAGAUCGGCGGAACCGGCAACAUGUCCGGUCUGACUCGGAGCAGGGUCCACCCGCGGAAGGCCAGCGUGCCCAAAAUGGCUUCACACGUCAAGAAAAUCAUCAAUAUGUCGAGUUUUGUCACUCAGAGCCGGGCCAAUCGCAGCAUGAUGGGAAGCAGGAAGAGUGUAAGUCUGCACGCGGACAGCAAAUUCAUGGAUAAAAAUUCUGUGUCCGGCGGGAAGCAAAUUGUCCCGGUUUUCGAUGAAGAAGGGAACGACGUCACUCCUCGGUCACUGUUCCAGGCAGAGCCUGGCGCCGCUGCCCCCAAACCAAGCAAAUUCUUCACCACCCCGGAUGCUUCUGGUAUAAUGGCAUCGGAUAUCUUCUCCACCAUGUCCCUCCAGCAGACCGGAACGAGCGCCAGUUUCGUCGGACCGUUUUCAAGGUCGAUUUUUGGGGGCAGCAGCAUGUCUAUGUCCAGUCAGGAGGCAGAAUCGAUAUCGGAAGACGCAGAAGAACCAGGACGGGCAUAUUAUUGUUUCACAGCUUCCUAUACGAGGAAAGAAGAGGUCAGAGAACCACCAAAGGAGGAAGAUUUGGAGAAGACAACCGAUGUGCAGCUGACGGAGACCGAGACAAUAUGGCUGCUGGACGUGCCCCUAGCUGUGAUCGCCGCCGAUUCCGAGGAAGCUGAAACAGUCAAUGUACGGAACCAGACUUACACAGAGCUCUGCAAGAGCAGAGCGGGCAACGAUCGCUACGUAGAGAGGACCAUGCAGACCUUUAAUGGGGCUCCUAAGAGCAAAGAGGUUCAGUGCGAGAGCAUCAUCCACCAAGAUGCUGGUGUCAUGGCGUCAGUAUGGGACUUGUACGAUUCAUUUAAUGCACCGGAACAGCCACAGGUGGAAGCCGUGGUGGAAACGGUCAGGCGGCCAGAGAGUGUGGCCAGCAACAAAUCCAGCAUGAGCCAAAGAAAUUUAUCCGUGGUGUCUAUGGAUGUGACAGAUAUGUUCUCAAGUACCGUCACAGAUUUGGACAAGUUGUCUGUUUCUUGGGUAACUGACGAGGCUGAACCAGAUCCAGAUGUCAUUUUAACAUCAGAGAAGUUUCAGCAAGAUUUGUUCAUCAUGGAGAGAGUGGUGGUGGAGAACAUAUACCAGCCAAAGCUGGCAGCUUACCGGCAGUUGCCAGUAAUCAUAGAUCCGGACUCUACCAGUGACACAGAGGUCAUAGCCAAGGUGACAUCUCCCAGUUUAGAUCGACUGUGGUCCUUUGUGUGUGACACAACGAAGGGACACAACGUCAGCAGCACAUCGUGGAAUAAGAAAAACCCGGAUCUCCUGGCCGUCGGCUAUGGGCAGUUUGGCUUCAAAGAACAAAAGGGGGGUCUGGCUUGUUGCUGGUCACUGAAGAACACAACAUGGCCAGAGAGGAUAUUCCACUGUGAAAGUGGGGUCACAGCCGUGGACUUUUCAGCAACCCGUCCAAAUCUUCUGGCUGUUGGGAUGUAUGAUGGCACGGUGGCAAUUUACGAUGUACAGAAGAAUGAUGAUGUCCCAGUACUAGGCAGCAGUGAUAACCUCCAUAAACACACAUGUCCGGUGUGGCAGUUAAAGUGGAUCGAGCAGGAUCACAACAGCCAGGGGGAGGAUAAUGGAGAGAUUCUGGUGUCCAUAUGUGGCGAUGGCAGGAUAACAAGAUGGCAGAUCAGGAAAGGGCUGGAGUGUCGCGAACUGAUGAAAUUAAAGCGUACAGGAAGUGGCCGAUCGAAAAAAUCGUCAGGAGAGAAAGAAAAGAAAGGGGAAGCAUUAAUCUCUCGGCAGGCUCCUGGGAUGUGUUUCGACUUCCUUCCUGUGGACUCAAAUAUUUACCUCGCUGGCACAGAAGAAGGUCACAUACACAAGUGUUCCUGCUCCUACAAUGAACAGUUUCUGGAUACCUACAAGGCCCAUAAGGGUCCGGUCUAUAAGCUGGUAUGGUCUCCCUUCUGCCCAGACGUGUUCCUCAGUUGCUCAGCAGAUUGGUGUAUACACUUAUGGCGUCAGGACAUCCUGAAACCCAUCCUAACGUUCUCAGCCACUACAAACGCUGUGCAUGACAUCAUGUGGUCUCCAACCUCACCGCUGGUGUUUGGAGCAGUGAAUGAGGAUAGGGUGGAGAUCUGGGAUUUGGAUGUCAGCAUAUUAGACCCGAUCAUUGUGAGUUCUGCCAAACCGGGAGUGAGACUCACAACGCUGCUAUUUGCAAAGAACACAAACUGCGUCCUGAUAGGUGACAGCAAUGGACAAGUUAGUGUGUACACGCUUAGAAAUGUGUCAAGUUUGGAUACACCAAAGGUGAACGCUUUAUACGAUGUCAUUGGAGCGACUCUGGCUAGCCAACUGUAAUUUAUUGGGAGGUAUCGGCCCUAACGAGCAGAUUAGGUGACAUCA